AUGGCUUUCCAAUAUCGACCUGUGGAAGUAUCUUUGCCUGGCGAGAACCCCAGUCGUCUGUCAUCUGAUUCUACUUCGACUCUGCGAGCCAUCGAUGAUCUAGACUAUCUUUCGCGCGAUUCGGAACUGUUUUUGAAGGCUUCCGGCCGUGAAUCAGCGUCUGGAUGGAUCAGGUCAAAAUGGCUCUGGGUUGUGCACGCAGCUUUGCUUCUUACUUCGUGUGGAAUGCUCGUUAGCACAGCGAUGUUGCGAUCAUCAACCCUCCAUGCCGUUCGGCAGACUUCAGCCUGGUCACCCGCCGACACCGCUGUGCAAUACAAGCAAGUCAGAUAUAACAUCACAUCAAAGGGCAAUCCCUUCGUUGGCGCUGGACCCGAGGUUGACAGAGUCUGGAGGGAGAUUUCCUACGAUAUGGGCGACCAGUGGUUAUCAAAGUCCGACCUCUCCAAGUUGGAUAUGCCAGAAACUUCCCUCAAGGUCAACCAUCCAACUACCGGAGAGGAAGGGUACAGAGUCGGCAUGGAAGUCUUUCACCACCUGCACUGCCUGAACCUCUUGCGACGGGUCACCUAUAAAGAGUAUUACGAACCGCUUGGUGGAGAGUUCAGUCACGGUCCAGAAGCCCUUCAAGCACACACCGAUCAUUGCAUCGAAGUGCUUCGACUCAACAUUCAGUGUAACGCGGACAUUGGUCUUUUCACUUUCUACAUGGUUCCAGACGAUCCGCUCGCCUGGCCGCAACUGAACUCGAAGCACGUUUGUCGAGAUUUUGAGGGAGUGCGCCAGUGGGCGUUGGACCAUUCUGUUGGGAACAUGGAGGUGUUGGAGCACUAA